UCGCCUAAUCUCAGAUCUAUAAAAAAUAAGGCCAUCUGGGCCUCAAAGUUUGCGGUGUCAGGAAAUGAAGUGGCUUCAGUGCCUCUUCACCUAUCCGAGCCAUCCUAGGUGACAGAAGACCUCUACGGUGUGUCCCGUGCGUGAAAGACGGCGCCGCCCUCAGCGUCUGUGAAGAUGCGGGCGCAGACAUAUUACCUCGCGAAAGGAAAACCGGAAGUGCAGGUGUUCGCGCUCUGCUCCUCUUCCUCCUCCGCAUCCCCAGACCUCAAGUCCUGGUUGGCCGCCGUUGACCUAGCGCGGAUGCACGGUGUCUUCCCAGAACGCGGAGAGCUGUAAAGCAUGGUUUCUUCUGAAGAAAACCGAGACGGUGGGCGAGUGUCUCUGUGGGACGGGAAGAAGUGACAGGGUGUCUGUGGAUGUCCCUGCAGGACAUAGACGUGGAGGAGUUGCUGACCCUAAAGGAUGUGGCUGUGGAAUUCACCUGGGAAGAGUGGCAGCUUCUGGGUCCUGCUCAGAAGGACCUGUACCUGGAUGUGAUGCUGGAGAACUAUAGCAGCCUGGUGUCAGUAGGGUGUCGAGCCAGCAAGUCAGAUGCCCUCUCCCAGUUGCUCCGAGGAGAACCAUGGACAGGAGAAGAUGAAAUCUACAAUCAAAUCCGUCUAGAAAUGAAGAAAGUCGAUGGCCAUCUGCAGGUACAAUCACAAAACAAAAGAUGUAUGAAGAGAGGGGAACAAUGCCAUGAAUAUAAUGCAUUUAGAAGUACCAUUCAUCAGAGGAAAAGUAGUUUUCCUCUUAGGGAAAAUCAUCAUAUAUUCCAUUUACAUGGAAAAAUAUUAAAACCUAAUUUAAUCAACCAGGACAGAAGCUAUGAAGCAAAGGUUGUUGAAGUUAAUGGAGAUGAAAAAUUCUUCCUCCAUGCCAAUCAUGUACAAUUUCAAGCUGAUAUUAGCUUUCCUAAAUGUGGAAAUUCUGUGAGUAUAAAUUUACACCAAAGACUUCAAAAGAUAGAUAAACCUUAUAUGUGCACUGAAUGUGGGAAAUCCUUCUUGAAGAAGUCUGGUCUGAUUGAUCAUCAGAGAGUUCAUACAGGAGAGACACCUCAUGAAUGUUGUAUAUGUGGGAAAGCCUUCUCUAGAAAGUCUCACCUCACUGAACAUCAGAAGACUCAUGGAACAGAGAAAUGGCUUAAAUGCUCUGAGUGUGAUGAAGCAUUUGGCUGGAAAUCACAGUUCAUUGAACAUCAGAAAAUUUACACAGGAGAGAAACCCUUUGUGUGCAGUGAUUGUGGAAAAGGCUUCAUCAAAAGGUCAUGGCUCAUCAAUCAUGAGAGAGUUCAUAUAGGAAAGAAGCCUCAUGCAUGUAGUCUGUGUGAGAAAGCUUUUUCUAAGAAGUCCAGGCUUAUUAAACAUCAGAGAACUCAUACAGAAGAGAAGCCUUAUGAAUGUGCUGAAUGUAACAAAACAUUCCGCUGGAAAUCACAACUCAAUGCACAUAUGAAAACCCAUACAGGUGAAAAAUCACAUGUAUGUAGUGUUUGUGGGAAAGGGUUUAUUCAGAAAGGCAAUCUAACUGUGCAUCAGCGAACACAUACUGGAGAGAAACCCUGUGUAUGCAAUGAAUGUGGGAAAGGCUUCAUUCACAAGGGAAAUCUUCUGAUACAUCAGCGAACUCACACUGGAGAAAAACCAUAUGUAUGCAAUGAAUGUGGGAAAGGCUUCAGCCAGAAGACAUGCUUGAUAUCAUACCAGAGAUUUCACACAGGAAAGACUCCUUUUGUAUGUAGUGAGUGUGGAAAAUCCUGUUCACACAUGUCAGGUCUCAUUAACCAUAAGAGAAUUCACAUAGAAGAGAAGCCCUAUUCUUGUGGUGACUGUGGGAAAGCUUUCAGAGAUAAGUCAUGUCUCAACAGACAUUGGAGAACUCAUAUAAGAGAGAGACCCUAGGUUUUCUCUGAUUGUGGAAGAGUUUUCUCCCACUUGUCAUGCCUUGUUUAUCACAAGAGAAUGCUGCAUGCAGAAGAAAAGCAUGUUAGAUCUGUCAAGUUGAAAAAUCUGAGAUACACAGCUUAUCAUAAUGUUGAUCUUUUAUCAGAAAAGGAUCUUAUUAACAUGGUGACUCUUCAGAUGCCUUUUAUAGCAACUUAG